CUUGCACGCGCGCAAGCGCUGGCUGGUGGUGGCGGCACCCACCCAUUCCCCCGCGGCACGAUCCGGACGGCCGCCAACACAGCUCCUCCAGCUCCUCACAGCCUCACACCGAGAGCUCCAUCCAUCCACUCCAUCCAGUCCGCCUUGGCGCCCGCCUGCUCGUGCUGGACUGACUACCCCAGGCAUAACAACGACCAAGGCGCGCUGCGUAACCAACUCAUCUAUGUAAAAUAACCACCACCACCACCUUCUUGCCCUUAUCGUCAGCAAAAGUCAGAUAAAAAUCCUGCCCUCUCGCCGGGCCUGCGACCUGCGCCUCGUUCGCGUUGUUCCUCAUGCGCGCCCCAGGGUGGCUCCCUGCGCGCCGUCCCCGGUGGUGAGCCUUCGCCCUUGUCUCCGAAGGCUUCCCUGUUUCCUUUUCCCUUUCCAUCUCCCUCGGGCGCGCGUGCAAUUGUCGGUGCGAGCAACCGACUUUGCACUGGACGAACGGGACAAGGGAAAUCGUGUUUCAAUCCCGCCACCCGUCCUCGUUGCAGAAGGCUCUACGGAUUCCAAUCCCGUCAUCUCCACGAAACCUCCCCGCCCCCCCAUUACACACACACAGCACACACACAUAUACAGAUACCUGAUCCCCAAGCGCGCGUCUCCCCUUCGUCCCAGCCAGCAAUGUGCGGCGGAUUUGACUCCGUGGGGACCCUGCUGGCCGACAUCGCAAACCUCCUCUCCGACGGGCUGCGCAUCCUGAGCCUCGCCGACAAGCGCCACUGGGGACCCGACGAGCACGAGCAGGUGCGCGCACUGGAGCAGGCCCUCGACGAGGCCAAGAAGGACUUUCAGGAGCUGGCGCCGCUCGUCAACGGACAGUUCAACUACGAGCGCGACCGGAAGCACGAAUCGAUCGAAGAGCUCAGGGCGCUGCGCUCCCGCUUCGACGCGCACGUCUACAACCUCAAGGACUGGGGCAGGUCCGGCGGGCCCAUCAACCCCGUGUGGGUGCGCGACACGCACGCCCUGCAGAGGGACCUGCACCGCGCGCAGCGCCGCGCCGCGAGACGCAUCUUUACAUCGGACCAGGAGUCGUCGAGACGCUGCCUCGGCGCCUUUCUGGUCCACAGGGUGCAGCGACGCACUACGACAUACCCGGCGGCAGGGAGCAAUAGACCAAGGAGAGGUGGGAGCGGCAGCGGCAGUAGCAGCAGCAGCGGCGGCGGCAAGGCGACCACCUUGUUGGUAACAGCGACGCCGACGACAAGGGACUCGGCCGAUUCGCAGACGUUACAGCUGGAGGAACUCGCCAUGUGCGCGCGGGUCGGCGGCUUCGAGCGCUUCGGCGAGGACGACGUGGCUUUCAUAUGCGACUUUUGCGACGGGCACCUGGUGUGGGAGGAUCUAGAGAGCGUGCCCACGUCGCGGGCCGCCAGCGGCGGCUGCUCUUCACCCGUGACACGUUCCUCGACGACGACGACGACGAUAGAUACGAGCAACACUACCAACAAUAACAACAACAACCACCUUCACAACCAGAGCUGGGAGGCCGCCGGCGUGACCAUGUCCGGGGGCCAUGUCAAGCCCGUCGUCUACCCGCCGCUGGCGGUGGCGAACCACGCGCCGCCGUCGACGCCCGGCGACUGGCUGGCCCGCGUGCUGUGCCCGUACUGCGAGGAGGAGGCGCGGCGGCCGCAGCACGAGGACGAUGACGGGGACGCCUUCAAGCCCGACGACUACGAGUUCGACGACGUGGCGGCCCUGCAGGAGCAUCUGGAGUGGCAGCACCCCGUGCCGGGGGGGCUGUCCGCGGCGGGGGCGGGGGCGGCGACGGCAUCGAUACCCUCGGCGAGCUCUUGUUUGAUCAUGUGAGAGGAGAGCCAGGCCGGUCUUUUUUUGUCUUUCCGUUGUUUUUUUUUCCGGGCAACACACACAAGAGGAAUGGAGUUUUGGGAGUCGACAAGGGGUAAAAAGACGUAUUAACGACAUGACGACGCUUUCAUUAGCAAAGACCCAUCCAUCCAUGCCUGCAACACAGAGGCACCACUACCCUAGUAUAGUCACAUAUUGUACAUAGACCACCGCCAAGAGACGC